AUGGCCGGGCCUGGACGAAACGCAUGUGAAUCCGGGAUUCACAAGAAGAAGCGACGGCGCAAGCACAAGACGCUGCUCAAGUCUCGGUCCGGGACCGAGACUCUUCAUGGUCUGUCUGCAGGGCAGACACAAGUGCCAACAGUGGCCGUCGAGACGUUGAACGUCUUGACGCGGGCCUGUACUGGGUAUCAGUACGAUAAGAUGGAGUUGGAGAACCCUCCGACUGAUACGUCGGAGUUGGUCUCGCUUCCAGUCAUGAGCUGGAAGCACUUCGCAAAGGACCUGUACGAUGGACGCAUCGAACAGCUAUGCAUUCUGUGGUGUCGGGUUUCCAACAAAGGUGACUUGCCGGCGCGAGUGCAGUGUUGGAGAAUGAAACAGACCUAUGGGAGCCGCCGUUGGAAGUUUUCAGUCAACUAA